GAUCGUUGGUACUGAUACUGAUAUCGUCAAGUCUGUUCUUGCAAUCAAUAGACUGUGUCCUGCGACCACCCCUAUCUACACUGGUUUUAUUGUUCUGUUUCUAUCCCUUCUUUGUCUUCAGAGAUGCCCCCUUCUACGUUGUCUGCUUCUUCUGCUGCCUCGAGUAACUCUUUGACACCAACAGCUUCAAAUCCACCUUCAAACUCGAAUCCAAAACAAAACUACAAAUUAAAAUAUGCCAGAAAUCUAAACCCAAUCAAUUCAACUGCUGCAGAUAACAUCACUGCCACAUCUGCAGAUAAUGCCCCCAGCGACAACAUCGAUAUCGAUAACAAUACUAACAAUCUUACCAUUAAUACAAAACCAACCCUUUCUUCUGAUGACUCUCCCAAUAAUAAUCCCAACAUCAAUAACGACCCAAACACAAAUACAAACACAAACUCAUCAGACCCAAAUAAUACAAAAACUAACACAACCAUUAAUGCUAAUAUUAACGAAAACUCUAAUGAUAAUAAUAAUGACAAUAAUAAUAGUAACAAUAAUAACAAUAACGACAAUUCUAAUGAUAACAACAACAGCAACUCUAAUCAAAUUAACGAUUCAAUUGGUUUUAUCAAUUUCAUUAAUUUUAACCAAGAUGGCUCUUGUUGCUCAAUUGGUACCAAAUCUGGCUACAAAAUCUUUAGCUGCUCGCCAUUUGGUAAAUGCUACACAAAAAAAAUCGGUGCAAUUGGUAUAAUUGAAAUGCUCUUCUCUUCUUCUCUACUAGCCAUUGUCGGUUUAGGCGACCAGCCAAACAUGUCUCCACGUCGUUUAAAACUAAUUAACACCAAAAAAAAUCUAAUCAUUUGUGAACUAACCUUUCCAACAACAAUCCUAUCUGUAAAAUUAAACAAACUAAGACUAAUCGUUCUCUUGGAAGACCAAAUUUACGUCUACAAUAUAACAAACAUGAAACUAUUGCAUAUCAUAGACAUCCCACCAAACCCAAAUGGCAUCAUAGCUUUGAGUCCUUCAAUUCAAAACAACUAUCUAGCCUAUCCAUCUCCCCCAAGAACCUUAUCUUCAACUAAUCCACUAGGAUCAAACAACAUCAUGAAUAAUCAAAACAAUCACAACAAUCUAUCAAAUUCCAUCCUACUAAACCACAAUCUAAACAAUAACCUAAAUAACAGCAUCAACAAUAACAAUAAUGACUCGAAUAAUUCAAACCAAAAAGACUUGAAAGAUUCAAACACAAGAACUGGCGAUGUAACAAUAUUCGACACAAAGACUUUACAACCAAUCUGUGUCAUUGAAGCUCACAAGGCUUCUCUAGCAACAAUAACCUUAUCAUCUGAUGGUUUGUUACUAGCCACUGCUUCCGAUAAAGGCACCAUCGUUCGUGUCUUUUCAAUUGAAACUGGCGAAAAACUAUACCAAUUCAGAAGAGGCACUUAUGGUACAACCAUUUACUCUUUGAGCUUCAGCAAUGAUAAUAAAUUUUUAACCGCAAGUUCCGCAACAGAGACUGUCCAUAUUUUCAGACUAGGCCAAGAAGAAUUAAACAACACAAAAUAUCUAUCAAAUGAUUACUCUUCUCCUGCAAACCUAUCUAAUAAUGUAUCAAUCAACUCAAUUAAUUCAAUUAAUUCAAUUAGUUCAACCAAAUCAAAUAGCACCUCAAAUUCAAUAAAUUCUUCAUAUUCAAAACAAAACAAUUCUCAUAAUCACACUGAUAAUGACAACGAAUCUAAUGACCCAAAUAUAAAUAAUAAUACCCACGAUAAUAUUGAUGAUCAUCUCUAUACAAAUGGCGACUCUAAUAUAAAAUCUAAAAACAUCACUGCUAACGAUAUGAACGAUAACGAUAACCAAAAUAAUGACAACAAUGAUCAAAAUAACCUUGAUCUGCCAAGACGUUCAUCUGUAUCCUCAUAUGGCUCCUUGGGUUCAAUCGAUGUCAUUGAAAGCUCAAACGAUUUGGAUUCUUUAAAUCCAACAGCAAUGGCCAAUAUCAACCCCUCAAAUAAUACCCAGAUCCUUAAAUCUACAAAACCAAUAAUUGACUCAUCAAGAAGAACUGUUGGUAGAAUAAUCCGUCAAUCUUCUCAAUCUUUAGGUAGAAAAGCUGCUGAAAAAAUGGGUAUAUAUUUACCAAGAAGAGUGAAAUCAGUCCUAAAGCCAACCAGACAUUUUGCUUCAUUGAAAUUGCCUGCUUCAAAUGGCACUAAAAGUGUCGUGGCGAUUGGCAAAGAAAUCUCAAAAAAUAUCAUAUUAAGCAACUUUCUAAUUAACCCAGCUAAUGGUCAAGCAAAUGGUAAUGCCCCAAAUUUAAAUAAUACAAUCAAUAGCACUAACACUAAAAAUCCUUCUAAUGAUUCAAGUUUAGCUUUAAAUUCAAGUGAAUCCAAAAUAGUCGAUUUAUUACAUGUUAUGGUUAUUACGAGUGAAGGCAUAUUUUACAAUUAUGGAUUAGAUCCUAAAAGAGGCGGAGAUUGUAUACUAUUGAACCAAUAUAGCUUGAUAAGUGCAGGUAAUAGUGAAAGAAAAUAAUUUAAAUUAAAAUUAGAUAGCAAGUUGGAAAUAGGAAGUCUGAUACUCAGUUUUAAAAUUUAACUCCUAUUUGAGUGCUCAUUAUUACCUCUCAUAGUUCAUUGAUCAUUUUUACUAUUUUCUAUUUUUUUUUCUUUUUAUUUACUUUUUGUGAAUCACUUAUAAACUUUUAUUGAUUUUUUAUUUUUCGGAUAUAACUAUCAAUGUCUUUUUAAUUUUUUAGCUGUUAGUGUCUGA